AUUCAUUUCAUUUGUUACUGAAGAAUUAAACGUGAACAAUGCCCCCUCAAAUCUAUUAGGUCAUGAUGGGAAGAUGAUGUCUGGGAAUAUAAACAAAUCAUCCCACAAAAAGUUGCUGAAAAAAAAAUUGUUAUUGAAUUGCAUAGUUAAAUUCUUGAAGAUUCGAUAUGAUUUUCUGGAAUUUUUCAUAGUAGAAGUCCAUUAUAAAAAGUCAGUUGGUCUGCAUGUUUUGAUCAACAUGGGUCACAGACUCACAGUUAACCAGCUAAGAAUUAAGAGCCAGCACAAAGUUACAACGUGGGAUAGAUUAAUGGCUAAAAGGGGUUGUCUUGAUCAAUGGAUAACGGUAGCUGUAAUGCUGCUUGUCGAUUUCGCUUUCGCUGUCGUAAAUGUGCUUUACAAGAAAGCCCUCAAUGAUGGAAUGAGCAAUUUGCUCCUGAUCUUUUACAGGCAAUGCGUUUCUGCAAUUUUCUUGGCCCCCAUUGCCUAUAUUUGGGAAAGGAAAAGUUGGGAGAAUCUCACAGUCGGCAUUGUGUGUGGUCUAUUCUUAAGUGCAUUACUUGGGGCCACACUCUGUCAAUAUUUCUUUCUCAUCGGACUUGGAUAUACAUCAGCAACAUAUACUUGUGCAUUCAUUAAUGUGGUUCCCGUAGUUACGUUUAUCUUAGCGCUUUGGCUAAGGCAGGAGAAGUUGAACCUGAAAAACAGAAGUGGAAGAGCUAAGUUGUUGGGCGCAAUAGUUUGUGUUGGGGGAGUCCUGCUGCUGAUUCUUUACAAAGGAGUGGCAGUGAUUAAUGCAAUCAAAACAGCUGCAGUUACAACUCAGAGUGACAAGAAGAGAGCGAAAGAUUGGGUGGUUGGUUCCAUUUUUCUGUUUGUAGGCAGUACAAUGUGGUCAUCAUGGUUUGUUAUACAAGCUCAGAUUGGAAAGUACUUCGCGUUUCAGUACUCUAGCACCACCAUAAUAUCUUUCUUCGCCACAAUCCAGUCCGCCAUUCUUUGUCUUAUCGUUGACAGAAACAUGUCUUCCUGGCUUCCGAAAGGAAUAACACAGAUAACCACUGUUAUAUACGCUGUAAGUAAUUCCUCAAGAUGGUAUCUUUUCGUCUGUCUUUCUCUAGAAAAAUGGUUUCGGUCAAUGCUGUUGAAUGUAUUAAGAAAGGGUGAAAUUGUUGUCAACGCUUUUAGGGAAUUGUGGGAUCAGGUAUUUGCUACGUCGCCUUGGCGUGGUGUGUCAAGAAAAGAGGAGCAGUUUUCACCUCCGCCUUUGGCCCCUUCAUACAAGUCUUUGUUGCCUUCUUUGAUGUCUUCUUACUUCAUGAACAGAUAAACCUUGGAAGCAUUCUUGGAUCCUUGGUGGUGGUUGUCGGGAUGUAUAUGCUUCUAUGGGGGAAAAGCAAAGAAGUAGACUGUCAGAAGAGUGUCGAAGCAGACGGAGGCAAAGAUAAUGGAGAUUUCAACCUCACAUUACCAGUCACUAAACCUGCAGCCAUUGUCAGCUCAACAGAUACUGCAUCACCUUAAACUGUGAUCAUCGCUUGCAAAUUCUGGGAUUGCACAACCACUUUUACUGAAUCCAACACUUCUUAACAUGUAGUAUUUUAGUACUUUAGUUUGUAGUUGGGAAACUUAACUAGAUGGAUGCAGAAUAGCGUUUCCCCUUGUUGAAAUAAAGCACAAUAUAUUUUGCACCUCUGCAGUAGUUUUAUUGAAAGAAAUGUUCCAACAGCUGUAAAGUUAAUUAAAAAUCUACAUAAUUUUCAUUUGCCAG